AUGUCGUCGCUCCGGAAAGGCCCCAAGAGGGUCAACACGCGCCCUACCAUCAGCGCGCCCAUCGCCGCCAAUGGUGCACCAGUGCCGAGAAGCACGGGAGGGAGCAUAGCCGUCAAUGCGCCGCCAGUCCCUCAAGCUCGGCCGCGCCCACCUCCUCAGGCAGGAGGCAAGACAUCCGACUAUGUCAAGCGCCGAUACUCUACGAGGUACAACCUGCCCGAUAAUUUCGAUGUCACCGCCGCACCGCCCAUGCCGUCUAUGCCGACGAUCGAUAAGUACGAGCCCUAUCGGAAGCCGGCACCAGCAUCAGAUGUCCCGAGAUCCAGGGGUGGGCCACCGGGCGGGGCCCCAGCCGUCAACGUCAAAGACUUGAGAGAUCCGAGAUUCAAGGCAGAGGAUUAUGUGAACAGGACCCUAGCGAAUGCGACGGACGACGAGCUGCGCGAGUUCGAGGAUCAGCUUCAGAAGCUGGAAGGCCGGGCCGCCGCCGACCUGCAACAGAAUGUGUACCAGAAUAGGACUCAGUUCAUCAAGAUCAGCAAAGAGGCAGAAACCCUAAAGGCGCAGAUGCGUGGCCUGAAAAAUCUCAUGUCGGAACUCAAGACAAAUACGACUGUGCUGCGGUCAGUGUCAUCUCGGAAUAAUGAUGACACGAACGGGCUGAAUGGUGGAUCGUUCUCAUCCGGCAUGAGCAAGAGAGACAAGCGCAGUUCAGUGGCGGACAGAACAGCAUUGUGGAAUUCACAACUCCAGGCCCUAUAUAAGAAUAUUGAAGGCUCGCAGAAAUUCUUGCCUAAUACGCCAGGUCGCCAUAUUAUCCAGAAUGCGGGCUCGUGGAUCGAGUUGGACAAUGCUACGUAUAAGUCUAGGCGCUCUAUCGCCAUCGUCCUGCUGAACGACCACUUACUCAUUGCUUCGCGUAAGAAGCGGAAGACUGAGGCCACAGACUCUCGAGGCCCGGCUGUCAAGCUGGUCGCUGAUAGGUGCUGGCAUCUGCUCGAUAUUGAGGUUGUGGAUAUGGCGGGAACACACGAGUCUUCUACCAGCAGGACGAAGCUUGCAGACGCCAUCAUGGUCCGCGGCGUAGGGCAGGAGUCCGUCAUUUACCGGACCGAGAAACCAGACGACCCGGACAAGCGAACACUUCUCCUGAACGUCCGUAAGGUGGUUGAGGACCUGCGAAGGAACAUCCAGUCUGAGAGGGAAGCGAAUAACAAGGCCAAGGAGACCAUUAAUUACUUCGCAUCUCGAGAUCCUGGUCUUUUGCAGAAGACGGAGCUCCUCGAGACGCUGUCGGAUAUCAAGGACAUGCUCAUCGAGGUGGAUGGGAAACAGCAGAACCUACGAUGGGUCGAGAGUCAAAUGGACGACCUCGACAUCGACAUCGCACUGCAGCGGAUCGAGCCAGCCGUAGGGCGAGUGGAGAAGCUAAAGGGUCUCGCCCGGAGCCUUAGAAACAACACCGUGGCGCAGGACUUUAUCGAGUUCAAGGUGGAGGAGCGAUGUUCUCGUCUAGCCGCUCUCGUCACACGAGAGCUCGUAAACUCCCACAACCUGCCCGGCAAGACCAAGCAACAUGUCAGCUGGCUGACCAGGCUUGGGUUCGAAGAUCGUGCACGAGAGGCGUACCUUGAGGCGAGAAGCCAGAUUAUUCAGAAGCGGUCCCGACAGUGCAUCUUCCAAGGAGACCUGCAUUCUUACAUCUGGCAGCUGUCUUUUGUCUACUUCACUAUUAUCAAGAACACGGUUAGCUGCUUUCAAGGAUGCUUUCCGCCGCCCAUGAUGAGUGCUUGCGUCAGGUGGGCCAAGGAGGAGGUCGAGGCGUUCAAUGUCAUCCUUGCGCGACAGCUCAGCAGCACAGAGAAGGGAACGGAGGCGUGGACAAAGUGUAUGGAGCGGGCUCAGGAGCAUGCGCAGAUGCUGUCUGAGGUUGGGCUUGACUUCCGCAAUCUUAUUGGGCAGGCACCUGUCGUCAACGCAGCUGACAGCGGGCCGAUUGGGUUGGGCUUGACUUGA